UUUUGCUGCCAGUUAACCACAAAAAAAUGUUUUCAAACAAUAUCACAGAGGUACAUCCUCAUUACUUGAAUGAAAACUUUAGGCGAUUUGAACCUUUACUUAGAGUAUGAACCAUAUUUCGUUUUUAAAUUUUGCGAGCGGGCGAAGCAAGCCAGUUGAAAACUCCAUCUUCUAGCUAUAAAAAAAAUGUUAUUUGUCCUCAAAGUACACUCAAGCAAUGUAGAUAGAUAUAUAGACAUAUCUGUACUUAGUUUCUCUUGACAUAACAGCUGUCAUCCACACAACACUUGUUCACCUUAGUUUGUGUUUAUUAUUGUGUUUAUCUAUAUCUGUACUUAGUUUCUUUUGACAUUACAGCUGUCAUCCACACAACACUUGUUCACCUUAGUUUGUGUUUAUUUAUCAUUUUCCAUUUGGUGUCUAUUUUUGUCAUUUCUUGAUUGUACAGACUUGAUGAAGGCCAGGGGCCGAAAGCUUGUAUAAAAUAAAGAAAGGAAUUAAGCACUACGUCAGUUCCCUUAUCUCAUUCUUUCGCAUAUAUAUAUAUAUAUAUAUAUUACCUUGAUUUGGAAAUACACAUUUCUAUGUAAUUUGAUAGAAUAACUUGGCAACAUAGGCCUACAUGUAUAAUCAUCUAAUUUUUACAAGCACCUCCAUGACUAUUAGAUUAAUGUCUAAUUAACACUUUUUUUUGUUUAUUGUAGGUUUAUCAAGAUGGAUUUGUAUGCAUUUAUGGAGGAAAGAGGCAUGGACAGAAGUGUUAUAGAACAGAUGAGAAAAGAAAAGAUUGUUGCUUCCAUUCUGCUAUUGAUGGAUGAGGAUGAGCUCAAGAAGUUUGUGCCACUAUUGGGGGAUAGACUAGCACUGCGCAAAUUUUCAGAAGAAAGCACUCAGAAAGUGUCUACCAGCUCAUCAAAGUCUUCCAAAAAAGACUCGCUUCUCUGUAAACUUAGACAGAAAUUGGGGAUGAAAAGAGAUAGGGAGGAUGGUGAAAAUAGUAUUGGGUAUGAAGAUUCUGCAAGUUGUUCCUAUGGGAGAACUCAUAAAAUGCUAGGGAACAAAAAUGCUGAAAGAUUGGACAGAAGAAUAGAUGUCGGAUGGAUGGACUUUGAUCAUAUGUUAGGCAGAUACAAGCAGGUACGUAAGACGAACGGAGGAGGCAUCAGAUCUCUGUCUGUGUCUAAGCUAUGCAAGCCUGCUGAACUGCUACAAAUUGUAGAAGAGCUCUUCUUCCCGGAUGGCAUUUCAGCUAAAGGGGAAAAAGAAAACUUUGAAUGCUCCUUAGUGGACUUUCGACAGCAGCCUCUUGAAGGAGAUGUUGGACAACUCUACAGCAGAUCAAAAAUGCCAACCCUUAGGUUUUACCUGCGCACAGUGUCCAAAGUACAGGAGCAUGACAAAUCUAAGGGCAAGUCAAAGGGCAAGUCAAAGGUCAAGAAGAGGAGGACGGUUCAUGUGAGGGAUCAUGAAUAUGAUACAAGUAGUAGUGAAGCUGAUUUGCCUGAAAUUUUGCUAAAUUCUGGUGAACAUUCUACAAGCACCCACUCUUCAUCUUCAUCUGUAUGUUGUCUGGAAGAUGACAGUACCAAGUCCAGCAACUUAUUUUCGGGAGUGAAGGAACUUGCAGACUCACCAACUAUUUCAUUUGGGCCAUCGCACUCUACUCCAACGCAGGAACAGCUCGAUGUCACGAUUAGGGACCCAGUUAACUCAUUGCCAGCUGAACAGAUAUUGGCUGAAGUCAUUACUGAUGAGCCAUCAACCUUUGUGCAUGAAGAACAUCAGCAUGAACAACAAGCAGACCAGCAGAUUCCUAUGGCUGAAGAUCAGAUGAAUGACUUUCCAACUGUAUAUGUAGAGCUGGUUGAAGGACAGACAAAUGACUUUCCAACUAACCAAACACAAUUUGAAGUUCUCCUCAUUCGAAGAAGUUAUUUAAUAACAGAUAUGAUGAAUGCUUUUUCGGACGAAAGCAUACUGAAGGCUAAUAUUGCUGUCCAUAUGAUUCUCCAUGAUGGGAAUCUAGAGAAGGGCCAGGGUAACGGAGUAUAUAAGGAUGCCAUAACCCAAUUUUGGGAUGAGGUGUAUGAACAGAUGACAAGUGGAGACUCUUCAAGGAUACCUGUCUUGAGACAUGAUUAUGGGGAGAAAGAAUGGCAGACACUAGGACGCAUCAUCACAAAAGGCUGGUGGGACCACAAGUACUUUCCCAUCAGGUUGACACAAGACUUUAUGGUUAAUGCAAUCUGGGGAUCCACGUUCUGUAAUGGUGACAUGGUGGAGGCCUUCCUAAGUUUGCUCCCAGAAUCAGAAAAGGAAGUCGUGAAAUCAGCACUUAGUAAUUUCCCCGAAGACAUUGAAGAGCUCAUUGAUAUCCUGAGUGGCUAUGAUUGUCGAAAGGUACCAACAAACGAAAACUUCAGCUGUCUCCUUUCAGAGUUGGGCCAUAAGGAAAUCAUCCAAAAGCCAAUGUACAUUGCUGACUGCAUGAGACCAGUCCUUCAAAACCUUCAGAAUGAGCUGACCCAGGAAAGCUUAAGUGAAAUAUAUGCUUCACUGCAUCCGACAUCGAAAAAAGUGAUUGACAAGUUGGAGUUCUCAAGGGAUCUCUCACCCAAUGAGCGGGCGGUAUCAACGUACCUGAAGAAGUACUUGCGGUCAUUAAACCAAGGCAUGCUGAGAAGAUUCCUUAGGUACUGUACAGGAUUAGAUAUUCUCUGUAACUCAGAUAUCAGGGUUACAUUCUGUUCCUUGGAUGGUCUCCAGAGGAGGCCCAUUGGCCACACUUGUGGUAACGUGAUAGAAUUGUCAUCCACCUAUGAUGACUAUAUAGAGUUUAGACAAGAGUUUAAUCACAUUCUAGAAAGUGGUCUAUGGGUUAUGGAUGCUCUUUAAAUACUUUUCAAGGAAAGGAGCUAUACUCAAGAAUGUUGUGCAGAAUUACAAAAUGCUAGGUUGAAUGUGGAAGAGAGUCACAUAAUCUUAAAUGAAAUAUUCUUUUUAUUGUUUUACAAAACCUAUUACUGGGUAAUAUUUGUUUUAUGAUGUUUGAAUAUGAUUGACUUUUUUAUCAGACUGCAUGGUCAUUGUUGAUUAAACAGGGUAUAUUCAUAUCAGACUCCUUUUUAGGGUUAUGGUUACAAUUAUUUUACCUUUGUGAUCUGAAAGUUCUUCUGUGCUCGGAGACGAAGUGGGGACUAUAAUUUUACGUGUGACCUGAGAAAGAAGCAGAAUCGUAUGUACGAUAUGGUAAUAAAGGCUUUGGAAUGAUAUGUAUUUUUCAAAGCCUUUGUAGGUUUCAUCUUAUGGUGAUUGAACAUACCAUUGUUUAAGAUCAGCGCUCUAGUUGUGUAUUUGGUUUGUGUAGCAGGUUUUGGCUGUAACAGUUUGCCAAAGUUAAUGUUAUAGUGGUUAUUUUAAAGGAAGGUUUUACUACCAUUUAGGGGUCAAAGUUAAAAGAUCAAUGCUCAUUUUUUGAUGAAAAGUUUUACAUUUUUAUACUGGGUCUAAGUAUUACCUCAGAAAUGGACUUUAAUCUAAGUAUCAUGGAAUGAUAAAUUACUGGUGUUUGAUCCAAGAUUCAAAGUCAAAGGUCACAGAAGUCAAUUUACACCAAAAAAAUAAUGACACAUUUGGGGGCUAUUUCAGUAUUGGUGUAAUUGCUAGGAAUGGCAAGGCUCUUGACAACAUAUUUGUGCGGGUACAGUGUUUUCACAGAAGGCGGAGGCAUAUGUAUCUGUAGUUUUCAAUGUACAUGUAUGACUUUGCACAAUUCAACCAUAGGAGGGGUUGUCAAUAGGAUAUCUUGAAAAAUUAAUGACUUAUAUGCCAAUGUUUCAUAUUUUAUGUUUCAAGCAGAAUGGUAUGUAUACGAUUUGGUAAUAAAGGUUUUGGAAUGAUGUGUAUUUUUCGAAAGGUUUUGUAGGUUUGAUCUUAUGGUGAUUGCACAUACCAUUGUUUAAAAUCAGCGCUCUUGUGUAUUUGGUUUGUGUUGAUGUUUAUAUUUUUAUCUAAGGUUUUGGCCGUAACAGUUUGCCAAAGUUAAUGUUGUAGUGGUUAUUUUAAAGGAAGGUUUUAUUACCAUUUAGGGGUCAAAGUUCAAAGAUCAAUGCUCAUUUUUUAUUGAAAAGUUUAACAUUUUUAUACUGGGUUUGACUUUGCACAAUUCAACUUUGAAAAAUUAAUGAUUUAUAUGCCAAUGUUUCAUAUUUUAUGUUUCAAGCAGAAUGGUAUGUAUACGAUUUGGUAAUAAAGGUUUUGGAAUGAUGUGUAUUUUUCGAAAGGUUUCGUAGGUUUGAUCUUAUGGUGGUUGCACAUACCAUUGUUUAAAAUCAGCAUUCUAGUUGUGUAUUUGGUUUGUGUUGAUGUUUAUAUUUUUAUCUAAGGUUUUGGCUGUAACAGUUUGCCAAAGUUAAUGUUAUAGUGGUUAUUUUAAAGGAAGCUUUUGUUACCAUAUAGGGGUCAAAGUUAAUGUUAUAGUGGUUAUUUUAAAGGAAGCUUUUGUUACCAUAUAGGGGUCAAAGUUAAAAGAUCAAUGCUCAUUUUUUAAUGAAAAGUUUUACAUUUUUAUACUGGGUCUAAGUAUUACCUCAGAAAUGGACUUUAAUCUAAGUAUCAUGGAAUGAUAAAUUACCGGUAAACUUAAUUCUUUGAUCCAAGAUUCAAAGUCAAAGGUCACAGAAGUCAAUUUACACCAAUAGAUAUGACACAUUUUGGGGUUAUUUCAGUAUUGGUGUAAUCGUUAGGGAUGGCAAGGUUCUUGGCAACACAUACAUGUAUGUACGUGCAGGUACUAUGUUUUCACAGAAGGCGGAGGCAGCUGUAGUUUUUAAUGUACAUGUAUGACUUUGCACAAUUCAACCAUAGGAGGGGGGGGGGGGUUGUCAAUAGGGUAUCUUGAAUAAUCAAUGAUUUAUAUGCCAGUGUCUCAGUAUCAAAAGAAUGAUCUAAAAUACACAAAAGUCUAAUGAUCCAGUCAUCCAUCGUUAAAGUAAUGAUAUUAUUUUUUAUGUGGUAACUUUGCAAACACACAUAAAGAAUCAUUUCAUACAGACUCUUUGCAUACUUUACCAUCAGAGCGAGGAUUUAUUUAUUAUGUUGAGGUCAAAGAUUUGAAAAUAUCUGAUAUGGCUGAGCAACAGUUAGCUGUGUAGCUACAGUAACAUGGUCUAUCCACACUGUCCAAUUCAUUUAGUUUUACUGAUAUAAUGUCAUAGAGGUUAAAAGGUAUGGUCUUGAAAAUAUAAAUAUGGCUAAUGGAAAGCAAUAAAACACUGGCACAGCAUGGUUAUAAGACAUUUAUAAACCCCGAAGAGGAUAUUUUGUGAACACAUGGUCUGACUAUUCUUUGUUAUUUAAUUGUUUGGUUAUUUACAGUCAGAAAAAAAACAUGAGGGCCUUACAUUAUAUUUACAUUGCUCAAAAAGCUUGUAAAUAGUUGACACACAGUAUGCAAGUUACAUGUACGUACAUUAUUGUAUAGUCGUAUAAUAUUUCUGUAGCAAUUACUGUUCAGGGCGUAUAUAUUUAAGACCAGUGCUUUUAAAGGAAAAUUAGAAGCAGCAACACUCAUAUAAUUAAAGGAAAUGAUUCAUCCUCAACAAGUCA